AUGGACCAGUGCGAGGUUUACUCAGCUCGAGGAGGUGCCUUGGAAGCGACAGUCACUCUUCCUAGAAGCCAUGGAAAACACAAACGAGACCAAGGAGAACUAAUGGACGAUGCGGUGAAACUAACUGCUAUGAAAAUAUCACGCCAAUCACCGUCGACUUCAGACAGCAUGACAACAGCCACUAAUUCUGAAACAAAUGCCAUGAGUGUUUUACCUCGUCUUCUUCGUACUAUGACGAAUAGAAAUCCACAGGUCACAAGUAAUGGUAACAACAGAAGCACAAUUGAAAAUAAUCAAGUCUCGAAUGAAGAGCUCGCUUUCUCAGUUUCAACUUCUGGACCAGUAGUCAAUGAUAGUGAUUCAUCAUCCUCUUCUUCUUCAUCUUUCAUUUCAACACCAUCUUCUUCUGGAUCCUCUUUGAUUUCAUUCCUUUCUCCUGGCCAUUUAGGACCUGUUGCUGCUAUGGCCGCUGUAGCAUUAUCCACAGCGGUGACCACUAUGUCUGUGAAUGAUAUUCAAGAAUCUUCAGGAUUAGUAACUUUAGCGACUGCAAGUAGCCUAAUCGAGAAGGAAUGGCGUGCACGUGCUGCAAUUGCUAACAAUGAGAAUGGUAACAAUGCUAAAGAACACGCUGAAACAACACUUGCAGUUCAACAUCACACAGAUCUAUUAGCUUCUACUAUACAAGCAAAUGUUGAUCGAAAUCAACAAUUCCCGUUAGAUGGUUCACCUCCUUUAGUAAUCAGUGCCCUGAAUACGUCAACAUCACAAUCUUUAUUGAAUGAUUCUACCCCAGUGACUAGAGCUGUACUCAAUGUUCAAAGUUUGGCAGCUUUCAUUCGUGAAACACAAAAACAAUGUUCUCUACCGAGUCCAACUACUUCUCUUGAAUUGCCUUUAACAUCCGUAUUUCCCUUGCCUACAGAAACAAAGUUAACUUCAUCGUGUAAUAUGCGACAAGCUGCAUCGCCUUCUUCAUAUCUGUUACCAGCUUCAACCUCAUCUUUUCUAGUUCCACCUUCAGCUCCUCAAAAUCUUCCAACUGGUACUGGUGCGGGUGGGGGUGGUGGUGGUGGUAGUAUUGAACAAUCUUUGCAUUCAGAGACAGUACCGCAACCAAUACCGUCAGCGGCAGCAGCAGUGGUCAAUUCCAGUACAGAUUCAUCACCACUUCAGUCAACAGCCUUCAUAUCUUUACAACCUGCACCAGGCUCUUUAAUCAGUCCGUCUGAUUUACAACAACUUGUAGCUAGCGGGGAAUUUAUGUCUUCAGCAGCUCGGCAAACUCUACUCGGUCAAUCCUCUGAUGGAUCUACACGACAACUUUAUCUUCUUGUACCAAGUGAUUGUCCUGUGAUUAUGCCAAGAGUUUCAAAUAAUCAACAAACUAUGGCGCCUAUUCUACCGUCUACUUCUCCAUUGAUUGAAUCUAUUCCUACAAAUGCUCCAAUAUUAGAGGCUAUUUCUCCAGGUGUUGAACCUGAUGAUAAUUGUGUUCAAAUGCCAUCUGAGUCAUCAACAUGUAAUACUACACAACCAGUAUUAACUUCAGUGUCACAUUUAGCGACUACAAUGCUUAAUCCAAUGAAUUCUUCAACAUCUACUGCAUUAUCCACUUUUCUGGCGGGUUUAGAAGCUCGGAAUCAACCUAUGCAACAACAACAGCAACAACAGAUUCAACUAGGUGGGUUACCUUUGUCUACAGUCACCUCUCCAUUGUCUUGUUCAUACAAUAUUUCAUCAUCAUCAUCAUCUUCAUCCUCAUCCUCUUCAUCAUCAUCAUCAGUUCAUACUACAGAUUCACUGUCAGCUUCAAAUUGUGCAAAACUGCGUAUUCCACUACAGAUAUCAGGUCUUCCUAUUCCUGAGUCCAGUUUAUUGUCAGUACAACAGAAUGUUUAUCCGAUUGCAAAUAAUAAUGCAGCAGCAGCAGCAAAUUCUGUAUUAGGUGUUGUGAAGAGUGAUCCUGAUAUGUACACGCCAAAUGGUCAUGCCUAUUCAUCUCUGGUAGAUGAAGCCAGCCGAUUUAGAUCGUAUCCAACCUAUACACAACAAUUAUCUCAACAUAUACCUCAUAGUAAUAGUACAAAUAUACGCCAGCCUAUACUAACCUCUUCAUCGACUUCUGCAUUGUCUACAACAUCGAGUAAUGCAUUCUUUCAUCAUGAUACUUCAAAUUCGGUGUUAAUUAAUCAAGUGUGUUCAAUUCCGAAUAUUGGCGGUAAUUCAAUCAUCAACUCUAGUAAUCAUAACAGUGGGAAUGAAUCACUAACCAAUGGACAUUUCCAAUCAUCAAUAUCACAUCCGAAUAUUGUCCCAGUGACUACAACAUUCACCCCAGCGAUAGCUCCUAAAUCUGAAACAAAUGCACAACAUUCUUCAAUGUCGAAAUCCAAUAAUAAUAAUAAUCAUAAUUCUAUUGAUGAAUGUCGUAGGAAUUCGGUCACAGGUGGUGGUAGUAGUAGUCGAUCGGAGCAAGGUAAGGGUUCCACAACCUAUCUGGAACAUCUGGAAUCGAAGGAUAUAAGACGCCGUGUUAGUCAUAACGAAGUUGAACGCCGACGUCGAGAUCGUAUUAACACUUGGAUUAGUGAAUUGUAUAAACUGCUACCACCGGAUGAACAAACCAAAUCACAAUAUCAAAGUAAAGGUAUUGUCUUGAAACGUGUCUGUGAAUACUUUCAAAAUGUGGAUAGUAUGCUGAAAGCUGCUAAUUCAGCAGUUGAACAGAUUCGCGUGGAAAAUAGUCUACUCCGUCAACGUGUCCGUGAAUUACAACAAGAGAAUCAAUUAUUAUCCGCUUCACUGCAAUUGGGUGCUGCAGCUGCAGCUGCUCAUUUAAAGAAUCGACAACCAAGACCUGGUACUACUACUACAAGUGUUGUUAAUGGAGAUGAAGUGAAUAAUGGUGGUGGUGUUGGCGGCAAUGCAGGAGGAUUAGCAACAGUUGUAGUAAAUAAAACUGAAAAUUGUACACUCUUAAAAGAUUCCAUUGAACUUAAUGAUUAUCAUCAUCAUCAAUCAUCUCCAAUGGCGACUGUAUUCACUGUCGAUGGUAAUGUUGCUGGUGUUGCUGCUUCUGUCGGCGGUAUUGGCGGCGGUACUACUGCAGAUUACAGACAUUUUAAUCAAACGAAUUUAGUCCCAGCAUCCUCCUCCUCCUCAACAUCAAAUUGUAUAACUGCUGCUCAAGCUGCCUGUUUUACAACAUCAUUAGCAUCAAUCAACGCCCUGGGAGGAGGAGGAUUUAAUAGUGCGUCGGAAGUACUGUCAUCCUCCUCACCAUCCUCAUCCUCAUCAGUCAAUUGUAGUAAUAAUGGUGGUACAACAUUAUCAUCAUCAAGUACAGAAAUUAUUAAUCAAGUGAUAUGUCCAUUAACUUUACCAAGUUUAGAUCAUAUGACUACGCUGCGUAGUAAUAGUAACAAUAACAAUAAUAACAGUGGUAGUGUGAUGGGUAGUAGUGAUACUGUGAAUAAUCGAGUUUCUUGA